UCACGUUCGGCACUAACCAAUUCACGCUAUCGUCACUCCCCGCAUGUGACCGAAGCGAUCAAAUCGCAUUUCACGUAAACAUCUUCAAGAAAAACUCUCCGAUCCCCACUACUUAUGCUACUUCAGAAGCUUUUUUAAAAAACGACUGCCCCAACAACCAUUCAUCCCUUUCUUCCCCACACUAUUCAAGGUACCGUUUGAAUUUGCCGUCUCUUUCUAAAGCUUAAACCCAUCAAACAGGCGGGCUAUCUAUCACGCAAAGUUUAUUCGUUUGAGAAACGCUUUGUGGUAAGGUGGUGCGUGAUUGUUUUAAAAAUGGAAUCCAAAUUAAAGAACUCUGUGACAUUGCAAGAGUGUGAAAAAAUAACGACGCCAUUUUCGAUCAACGACAUUUUAACAAAGGAAAAAAGUGAAUUUGAAAAUGGAAUGGACAGUUUUGGCGCGAAGAGUUUCGCGAAGCCGGGAGGGUACAAGGAGGAUUUCAAAAAGGAAGGAACCAAAAUGUACUACGAUGAAUGCCCCUACAGGGAUUAUGAAGAUGGUGCUUUGGAUAUGUCGAGAAAGCAUUACCCGGUCACUGAACUUUCUGAUGACUACGACUCACGCUCAUCCAACACGGGUUCCCCCGUCCGCCGCGCGUCCUCCCCCAACUCCGACAUAGCCUACAAACCCUUCCUUUACGAACGCAAAACACCCCCCACUUCCCCCCUCCUAACCCCCAACUACCCCAUGGAAUACACACAGAACGCUGCCAGAAAAAAACGAUCCCGCGCAGCCUUUUCACACGCACAAGUCUACGAGCUAGAAAAGAGAUUUAGCCAGCAAAGAUACCUAUCCGGGCCUGAAAGAGCCGAUUUAGCAGCCAGUCUCAAACUGACAGAGACUCAAGUGAAAAUCUGGUUCCAAAACAGAAGAUACAAGACUAAGAGAAAGCAGCUACAAAUGCAGGAAAAUGGUAUGUUAGCAGCGGCAGCGGCCGCUGCGAAUCACGCGCGGAAAGUGGCCGUUAAAGUCCUCGUCAAUAACAACGCGCAGCCGAGCUUGCCAGAUCUAAAGCAGUACAAUCCAAUGAUGGGGAAGAUAAAUCCAUUCGCGCCGUCUUUGUUGGACGGCUCGCCGGUUUUAAAACACUUUGCUGGCGUUUACGGCGUCGAUUUCACUAAAAACCCUGAGUAUAAAGCGUUGCUACAAGAAUCUUACAACCAAGCAGUUUUACAGUCUCUCUACCCGCAUUUAGGGGUAAAUUACCCAAAUUUACCCCUUUCUUAUAUGUAUUACCCUGGACACCCGGGUUUUGGUAUGCCGAUGCAUGAAGAUAGAGAAAGGGAAGAAAGAGGAGAGCAUUCGAGGGAGGACAAGGACAAAAAACCACAUGUCGAAAAUGAAAAUAGUAAUGAAAGUCUGGCGAGUAAUAUUGAGAUAGAAAAUUGAAUGUUUAGAUUUAGUUUACGGUGUUUUGAUAAGUGUUGGCUCUGAAAUUACGAUCGCAUUGAUCACGUAUGUCGUAUGUGUUAUGUAUAUAAUUUUUAGUUUAAAGAAACUUUUAUGGGCAGAGGUAACUUUUUUCAUUUAACCCUUUAAGUGGCAGACCGCCCGCUCGUGGUCGAUUAAGUCAUUUAAAUUUCAAAUUUUAAUAAUUGAGAUAAAAUCAGAAUUCCAACUGCUAUAAAAUGACGUUGCCACUUGAAGGGUUAAAAGAAAUAGCAUACUAAUUUCGUAAGUUGAUCCAAGCGUCACUUUUACGGUUUUUCUGUUUUAUAGUAAAAUACGAGCAUAUAGGUUAAAAUAAAUGAGAUAUGUAGCUACUAUUUCGUGUGCAAAAAAAUACGAUAUUUUUUUGAGACUGUUUUUGUAGCAAGGCUCUCGGACUAACCCUGAUGUAAUAAAUUUAAAUUGUCUCAGAGUCUAUACAUUUUGUUCCUCGAAAUAUAUACCAAAUGUCACUUCUUAGCUGUAUGUAGUACUUAAAUGUUACACCAAAGAUUGGAACGAUAACCAAAGUGUAAGCACUAAGUAUAGUUAUAUUGUUGAAGUUUAGUUUAUUGUAAAUAGUCUAAGUGUAAGUGGUUCAAGUAAAUGUUGUAGUUCGGCACGUUUGUAAAUAGUACUAAAGUUUAAUAAAAGUGCAAUACAGUUUA